GCAAAACUAAAAGAAUUGUGGUGGUGGCUUUGGUGGCAAGGACACGAGAUCAGCCUUCAUAGCUGCUGCAGCUUCUGUUCCUUCCUACCUAUUGAACCGACCCGUGAAACUCAUACUGGACAGAGAUGUGGACAUGAUGAUAUCUGGUCACCGUCAUAGUUUUGUUGGAAAGUACAAGGUUGGGUUUACAAAUGAAGGAAAAGUUUUGGCGUAUGACCUUGAAAUCUACAACAACGGUGGAAACUCUUUGGAUCUUUCCCAAGCUGUUCUUGAGAUUGCAAUGUUUAACUCUGAUAAUGUCUAUGAGAUCCCACAUGUGAGGAUCAGAGGGAACGUUUGCUUUACUAACUAUCCUAGCAACACUGCUUUCCGAGGCUUUGGAGGUCCACAAGGCAUGCUUAUAACCGAAAACUGGAUCCAGAGAAUCGCAGCUGAACUUGAUAGAAGCCCUGAAGAAAUCAUUAUGUUCCUGAAAGAGAUGAACUUUCAAGUGGAAGGCUCUAUCACACAUUACUCUCAGUGUAUUCAGCAUUGCACACUGCAUCAGCUCUGGAAGGAGCUGAAAGUGUCUUGCAACUUUCUAAAGGCUCGUAGAGAAGUCGACGAUUUUAAUAGCCACAACCGGUGGAAAAAGCGUGGUGUGGCUAUGGUUCCUACAAAGUUUGGCGUUUCAUUUACCAAAAAGUUCAUGAACCAGGUGCUCUUGUUCAUGUGUACACAGACGGCACUGUUUUGGUGA